AUGAAGGCCCUCAUUCUCGUUGGUGGCUUCGGCACCAGACUGCGUCCCUUGACCCUCACUCUCCCCAAGCCUCUGGUCGAGUUUGCCAACCGUCCUAUGAUCGAGCAUCAGGUCGAGGCUCUCGCUGCUGCCGGUGUCACAGACAUUGUCCUGGCCGUCAACUACAGACCCGAAGUCAUGACCGGGGCUUUGAAGAAGUAUGAGGAUAUGUACAAUGUCAAGAUCACAUUCUCGGUCGAAUCCGAACCCCUGGGCACAGCUGGUCCUCUGAAGCUGGCCGAGAAGAUCUUGGGCAAGGACGACUCCAACUUCUUCGUGCUCAACUCGGAUGUCAUUUGCAACUACCCUUUCAAGGAACUGGCUGCGUUCCACGAGUCCCACGGUGAGGAGGGCACCAUUGUCGUCACAAAGGUCGAAGAGCCCAGCAAAUAUGGUGUCAUUGUGCACAAGCCCAGCCAUCCUUCCCGCAUCGACCGUUUCGUCGAGAAGCCUGUCGAGUUCGUGGGCAACCGCAUCAACGCCGGCAUCUACAUCUUCAAGCCCUCGAUCCUCAAGAGAAUCGAGCUGCGCCCCACCUCCAUCGAACAAGAGACCUUCCCAGCCAUGACUAAAGACGGCCAGCUGCACUCUUUUGACCUCGACGGUUUCUGGAUGGACGUUGGCCAGCCCAAGGAUUUCCUCAGUGGUACCUGCCUGUACCUUUCUUCGCUGGCCAAAAAGAACUCCAAGAAGCUGGCGUCCCACUCCGAACCCUACGUGUACGGUGGAAACGUCCUGGUGGACCCCACGGCCAAGAUUGGCAAGAACUGCCGCAUUGGCCCCAACGUCGUCAUCGGACCGGGCUGUGUUGUCGGUGACGGUGUCCGAUUGCAGCGAUGCGUCCUGUUGGAGGACAGCAAGGUGAAGGACCAUGCCUGGGUCAAAUCUACCAUCAUUGGCUGGAGAUCGACUGUCGGUCGCUGGGCUCGUCUAGAGAACGUCACUGUUCUUGGCGACGAUGUUUCCAUUGGUGAUGAAAUCUACGUCAAUGGUGGUAGCGUCCUGCCUCACAAGAGCAUCAAGGCCAAUGUCGAGGUGCCCCAAAUCAUCAUGUAA